UCCCCUAUUUCUCUCCCCUCUGCCUCUCUCUCCCCUACCGCUGGAUUCACUCAACUUCCAUUGGACCACAAAGACAUUGAAAUUCAGAGGCCUUAUGAUGUACCGGAGAGUGCACGUUACAGCUUUGUAAAUGGAGUGCACAAGAUGUGGGUGUACUCUAGCGACAAAACUCACUCCAAAAAUAGCAGAACCAAUCCCCGAACUGAACUCGCCAUCAAAGGCUAUGAUUAUUCAUCAGGAGUGUGGCAAUUUGAAGCGCAGGGUUUUGUGCCACGCGACACUUCUGGGGUGUGCGUUAUGCAAAUUUUCGGAGCAUCCCGUCUUCGUGCCACCACUCUCAUGAUUAGAGCCUACAAAGGGUCUCUUUCAUAUUAUAGGAGUCCAGUGCUGGCUCCAAACAUAUGGAACAGAUGGUUUAAAUUAAAUGUGAUACAUGAUGUUGAUGCCUCUACCGUGAAGAUUUACAUCGAUGGGAUUUUUGUUCAUGAGGCUGCAGGUCAUGGUGGUGCCUCUCAUGCCUUUAAGUGUGGGGUUUAUUCACAGAAUGAUGCUUCCCAUUAUAUGGAAUCACGUUGGAAGGGAAUCAAGGUUUUUAAGAAAAAGUAA